AUGUCGACGAAUGCACUAGCACCUCACGCGACUCUACUCCCGAAUGCAACGUUCAAUGCCAGCAUCUCUGGAGACGAACUCAACAUGGAUGACGGAGGGUCCCUAAUCCCGCCAUCCUCUGGGGAAACUGUCGUCGCCGUGCUGAUCAGGACGAUCACUUUCGCGUUGAUCAGCAGGCAGAUGUACGCUUGCCUUUCCAGCGGCGGCAAAGGACCGGCAUUUCAGAAUGCAUUCUCUCUGUGGUUGCUGAGCGCCAUGCGCUGGUUCUGUGACUUCGCGAUCCUCUACGCGUUGCGCGAAUUCUCGACGGCGCAACCACUGGAACCGGGGCAGAAACCAUCGACCGCUAUUGGGGCCAUCCUAUCGCAGGAGAUAGUUGCGGCCAUCGUCUACUUGUGUAUAUCCGUGAUCUUAUCAAGGCAGUUAACUACACUGACAGGAAGGAGGCUGUACACAUUCUUCGUGAUCUUGGCAGUAUGGGUCCAAGCCGUUUUCCUUCGUGUGCCUGGCUUGGCCACCAGCAGCCUGCUCACCCACAUCCUGGUCGUUACACAGAUUGGUAUCGAGGGUACGGCUCGUGCUCUCAUACAGCCCCAAAACGAGUCUUCGUCGGAAUGCCCUCGCCUCCGGCUGCUCUCAAGUCUAUCCAAGUUUGCGCCCUCACCCCACGCCUCACCCAGCCGGAAGUACUUUGUGGCUGUAGCAACGUGCGCCGUGAACCUUCUCCUCCUCUACUUCUUGUGCAAGGCCGGUGACAUGAUCCUUGGACUGUAUCCGGAGAACAUAGCCUUACCCUCGUUCUUACGGUUCAGCGAUGUUUACACGCUUCUGUACCUGCAUAUCAAGAACAAGGGACUCUCGAAGGCUAGGAGCGGAUCAUCUACGGACCUCGAACGGGAAUCAACGGAUUCCGGAUGA